AAUUUUUAAGAUGAUUUUCAAUUGGAUGUUUCCAUAUCGACAAGUCGAAGUUCGUUCAUUCUUUUCAUUAGAUUUGAUCGUAUUUAUACACCAAAAGAUCGCAUAAUACCAGAGUGAUAAUUAAUUUAUGUGCUGCUAAUAUAUAGCUUGAUUGGUGCUCGUGACUGACAUUGAAUAAAUCAUUAUUGUUGCAAGUGUGACAUUUCGUGAAUAAGAUUAUUUUGAGUUUCGCUUCAAGUUUGACUACCAAAGAGGGCAAGGCUAGACAAAAUUGUGUAGGGAAGGUCGAAUAUGAAGACAACCAGUCGAGAUGUGCGUUUUUUGUGAUUUUGCGAAGAUGAUGGAAUUUAUAUACGCUCGUUGCCAAAAAUAACAUACAAUUUCAGACCCAAAAUAAAUGUAAAUAGUAUGAAUAAAACCAGUGAUAGCAAAGGUGAAAAUAUCUUUGUCUGGUCUCACACAUAUAAGUGUAAAGGGGCUGAGCCUCGUUCAUCGUACGGAAUUCAAUGACUAAUGUAAAUAUGAAGCACGAAAUAAUGACAUCAGUCGUGAACCUCUUUUGGGCACAGUAGAAAGUGCACCAAAAUUUGGAACAUGUAGCUACGUUUUAACAGUAUUUACCAGCAAUGGAUCUGAUUAAGAAAGAUGAGUGCAAUAUAGAUAAAAAUUUGCAAGGAAAUUCUACAGAAAUGGAGUGUGAAGCCGAGUCGGAAAAAAAUGAUCUCAGUCCUGAAAAUUCAAAAAAGAGUGAUAACUCUCCAUUGGAUGACCGAAUUUCCAAGUCAGUGGCAGAGAAAGAUGACGAAGAAGAGGAGAAAAUGCAAUAUAACAACGGUAGUUUCAAUAGCGGAAUAAGUGAUAAUAGUAAUGUAAACAAGAGCGCUUCAAUGCAGGAGAUUGAAAAAAGUCAACGUAGUGCUAGUGAAGAUCCGGAUGUCCGUAACGCCCUAGCUUUUACGAUAGAAUUCAGUGAUGGCCGAAAGUCGAUAGAUACGCAACGACAUGAAAAAAUGCUUGAGCGUUUCCAGAACCGUCAUAAACGAGGAGUAUCUUUGUCCAAAUUAGAAAGCGGGACAACACCACCAGUUGGAAAAAUGAGGCCUCCACAAAGUGUAAAUUUACCUAGAAGAAAUAAAAUCGAGCAACAAGAGAUUCAAGACACUGCAGUAAGAUUACGUGAAAAGGGUCGAUUGUCUAGAGACUCGGCCGGUAAACGACAUAGUUGGAGUCCUCGAUCGAGUAUGGCCGAAACAGGCCCUAAAGAGUCAACAGGAAAAGUUAGAACUAAUAAAUUUACUCCAAAAUCAACAGCGUUGCAGAUGGCUUUUGACCAACAGAACAUUAUGAAAGAUUCUUGCUCAAGUUCUGAGUUCAAUGCAGAGAGUUUGGAUUCUUCCAUUGGCCUGCCCUGUAUUCAGCCACCACUUGAAAAUUUUAAGAAGGAUAAUGAUGACGACGGUAGCGUCAGUGAAGCGGGAACAUAUACAUUGGAUGGAGAUAAUUAUACAGAGGAACAAAAAGAAAGAAUGAAUAUUGAUCGCAUGCCAGCAUUUACUCCGGAGACAACUCCAAAGCCUCUGUUUAAACAAGGUACGAAUAAGUUAUACACUCAAAGGCCAACGAGUUUUCAAGAUGAACUGGAAAUAAUUGAUUUAGAUCGACCAAGCUCCGGAAUAACUGCACAUGAACGUAGAAAAAAUAACGUUCUGGAGGUUGUAUACUUCCACGAAUCACCAGCACCGGCACAAACUAUGAAACCUAAACAAUCAUAUCUCGAAAAGCUUAAGUCACGUGUUAAGAACAUCACUCAUAAAUCCAAAUCUCCAGACAAACAAAUUAUUCCACAACAGUUCAAUUCCCCCGAUCAAGGAACGUUUACUUCUGUAACGACUAGUGGAAUAUUAAGUAUGAAACCAACAUUGGAAAAUCACCCACGAGUGCAUCGCCGUAAUAGUUUAACAAAAUCUCACAUUGAUAGUUCUGAAUAUGUCCAAGGUGUUGCGAAACUGAACAUUCAUAAAAGUGAAGAAGAGGCGAAGAUUCUCAAUUGCUACACAGAUUCAGAAAAGGCUACAGGCUUAUCGGACUUGAAUGUGAACUAUGACCAUGCACGAUACAAAGCAGAUUCUGAUGCUUCCACUAUUGGAUCAGCAGUUAGCAAGAAGGAUUGGAUUCAAGAAUGGGCAAAAAAUGCCCGAGAAUACUCGAAGAACUCAUCACCCAGUAAUACAAUAAGCAACAUCAAUCCACAAAUGGUACGCAGUUAUGAUUUUGAAAAUCGAGGUCAAUUUGGCUACGACCUUGAUAUUGACAUGACUAAAAGUGAUUAUUAUGAUGCGAAAAAAUACCAAGAGUUCGGUGACAAUCUUGAUCGUCAGAAUUUGCAUAGAAAGCAAUUAGAUCGGCUAUUGAACACCAGCAGCAAUAGUGAUCCGAUGCUAAAACAGGUUUACAAUACUGAUUGUGGGGGACCAAAUUUCGGAGAAUUUACUCGACGUGGGAGCAUCAGGCAGUAUACGAAUUCAUCAGCAUCAAAGCCCCCCAUGAGCCCAAGUAAAAUACCAUCCCCGAUGGGAUCCAUCGGUAGAGCCAGAAGUGUUAGUAGAAACCGCAGUCUACAAGGCAGUAAUUCGGAUCUUUCCAUGAAUGAUACCGAAAUGUAUCUCCAAAAAACCGCUGCAGCUAUUUCUACCCUACAAAACCUGCAAAGGCGAAAUUCGUUACGCAAUUCCUCGCGACAUAACUCUUCACAUUCAAGUCCACUUAGUCCAGGUUCACGGCGUAUGUCGCCAAAAAUAUCUCCGAUGAACUCACUUCAAUCUCCUAUGCAAUCACCACUUCGUGAAAAGAUUCUCCUAAACGAAGGUGGUCAAAAUUAUCCACCACAUCAUCAACAGUUACUUACCUUGAAGCAACAGCAAAAUCUGUUGAAUCACAAAAGAAAUCUUUCCCUCGAUGGAUCCGAGUCCUAUGCUAGUGCAUUAGCUGCACUUGGGUAUGGAAAUCAAAUGUCGAACAGCCUCAACUCGGAGCAUAUGAAUGCAAUAUUAGAUUUUAAAAAGCAACACACUCGACACAACUCCUUUGAGGGCAUGACUUCUCUUCCUCCGAAGCCAGUAAAGUGUUUUCAGAAUUUCGAUCAAAGAACGGCGUAUUACUGCGCGCGGGAUCAGAACGAAGCAAUGUCGGGCCACGAUAUGGCUGACGAAGAUGAUGAUGAUAAAUUGAUUGUGAUAACUUCUGCCGUGAAGGAAAUGUCCUUGGCUACUAAGAAACCCAAUGCGGUAUUGAUUAAACAGCAAUCUUCGUCAGCAACAGGUGGAAAAUCUACUGGAGCCCAAGCGAGACCAACAGGAAACACAACAAUCAAAACAUACAAUCCUAAACAGGUGCCAACUCAAAUAUCGUCACCCAUUAAAAGAUCAAGUUCAUUUUCUGUUAAGGCUAUUAAGCCAAGCACGCCAACGUUAACUCCCAAGCUUGGCUCCAAAGUCGCUUCCGGUGGUUCAAGAAUCCAAAAAUCCGCUAGCAGCACUAGUUUUAAAAAGAUGGUUGCCAACUAUAAUGAUGAAGAAGAUGACUUUUAUAUAAACGACGAUGACGAUCUAGACUUAGGUCCACAAUAUUCUUCUAGUUCUGAAAUUAGCGAUAAAGAUGAGGAGGGUGGUGAAGUGGAAAAAGAACCCAUUACUAACACCAGAUACAACAAAACCUUCCUCAUGCGUAUGGAACAAAACAAGAAGAUAGCUGCGGGAGUCAAACAAGGAGUCGCUGGGUGUCCAAACACACCGGAGUUACCACGUAGAACCCUUCAAGUAAGAGGCAAUAAUCGUGACCGAGCGUCAAUGCCUAGAGAUUCAAGUCUAAACCGUAUGAAACAAGAUUUGAGCGCUGUUCGCAAAUCGUUGGGUAGAGAAUCGGUGCCGAAAGAGCCAACAGGUAAUAAGCAAAAAAUUCAGCCAAAAUAUUUGGAUAUAUCGAAGUAUAAGAAUCCUACUGCUGGAAACUUUUUGAAGAAGGAUGAGUCCAAAAGCUAUUUGAUGAAAACCGAAGUGAAGAAAAGCCCUAGCAGUGCUUCGAUAGCUAUGAGUAGAGCAGAACCAAGCAGGACAAGUACCAGGAGCAUAAAAUCCGCAGGAUCAAAACCAUCCACAUCAAAUCAAAAAGUUACCAAGGAACAGGAACUUGAGAUGUGGCGCAGGCGUGCCAGCUAUGAUCCAAUGAAGGCCGCUAUGGAGGGCAAGAAGAAGCAAGAGGAGGCCCGUCGCCAAGUUCAGAAUCAAGCAGAACGAACAAGUAAAUCGUGUGAAAGCUCCGUAUUGAGGUCUCAAUCCUGCCAUAGUGGCGUAGGAGUUGGAACAGGUCGCUUGUACUCCAACAAUUUCGGCAACAACACGAACGCGAAUAUAAGAGGAAUUCUCGAUCAAACUGACACUAAUAGUAACAGCAGUCAACCGAGUAAUCGCUGGACGCUAACUUCGAACGAAUCGAGCGACGACUUUGACGAUGAAUACAAUAAUUAAGUACAUAAUUACUUUAUAAGUGGAAUUUGUUUUCUAGAAUCGAUCGAUUGAUGGCACAACUGUAGUAGCAAUGCUUGUAUGAAAUUGUUUAAUUUUGGAAAUGUGCCGAAAAUAUUACAUGUCUAUACCUAAUGCUUGCGAUAUGGUGCAAUACUACAUAUAAUGAUCAUUUUUGCAGAAUUUUUAUAUUCUACCUUUAAUUAUUUUUGGGCACAUUAUUCUGAAAACACUACGAGCCAAGAAAAGAUAAUAUCUCCUAUUUCUCGGUUAGUGUGGAGAAAACUAAAGGAAGCUUCGGCAUGGUUUGGAAACGGUAUAUUAUUUUGCCAUACUUUUUCUCACCAUAUCGUUCAAAUAAGUAUUCAUGGCAGCAUAUAAUCCUUCCGAAUAAUAAUAUUAUAUACCUUAAGCAACAACGAUCGAUUUUGACUACAAUCUAAGUGAUAUUAAAUUACAUCAUACAGCACGUCAACCUAAAUUCAAGGUUGUUUUAAGUACUUCUACGCUUUCUUAAUACAUCAUAAAGCAUGCUAGAAUACGUUUGAUUAUUAAUUUUAAAAAGAAGGAUCACUUAUACCAUUAAAUUACCAUUUUGUACGCUUCAAGCAAAAUUCAACAGCCUUAUUGUGAGCCUCUCUUACUAUUACUAUUUUCGAAUAUUAUUUCAUUUAUACUAUUGAGAUCUGCUGAGCAUGUUGCUGUUCCACUUUAUAACGUCACGCUUAUGAACGAGCUAGGUUAAAUAUGUUUGUACUUUCUUUGUUACUGUGAAUAUUGUCAGAUGUGAUCAAAAUGGCGUAUUAAAUACAUUCAUGUUAUGAAAUCUAUUGUUAUGAUUAUUAUUUUCAAUUCAAUCGCGUCUUUAAAUCGAAUGGUACGAAUGUUUGAGGUGUGUCGAUAAAAUGUUGAGCAGGAAAUAAAAAAGUGGAAUGAAAUUAGUCGAACUGAACUGAGUUAGUUACAAUGCAGUUGAUUAGGAUUUAUUUGAAAGUGUAGAGCACCAUAGCCUUCCAUCACAAUAUGGGAAUUUAAGGUUAUGUUUUUAUGUAACUUAACAGUAAACGAAUUUAAUUUGUAUCAUUGUAAGUUAUCAUUAGCUAACAUUUUUAUACGAAUCAUUUAAAAUUAAGGUGUUCAUAACCGUUCUGUGAAAUAAAGUUAUUUUCAUAAAAUA